GCUGCUUCUGGCCGAGUCUCUAUGAUUCUGUUUUGCCCUCGCUCCAUAUAAUGAGCUUCAUACGUUCUUGACAUUAAAUGCUGGAGCUUCCCUCCUGUUCCUCCUCUAAACCCUGACUGCUUCUUUAUGCCAUAUACAACGCGCCUUCCCGACUUCGAUCUUUCCCCAAUGACCAUCUACUUAUACCUUACUCUCACUGUUAUCUUGUCCCUCAUGGACCUGACAUAGCACCGCCAUAUUUCCCCCUCUUACCUCUUUGCUUGACAUAUUCAAUAUGACAGAUAUACCAUCAAAUGAUAGCUCCGCAGGCUCCGCCUCUCGCAAACAACCGCCGAGAGUCACGAUCAAUGCCACCGAAGUGCCUCACAGGGAACAUCGUAAUGAUCCCCUGUAUGUGGAGAAGAGGCAGUCCAGAGUGGAUGAGGACGAUGAAGAGGAGGACCUUGAUGCUCUUAUUGAAGAACUAGAGUCUCUGGAUCCGGACGAGGCUCUCGAGGCCGAGAUCGAGACAAUCGGAGCAGCUCGCCUAGUUCCGGAGGAGAUGCUCCAGACCGAUCCACGCGUUGGGUUGAUUGAGCCAGAAGUGGUAGCAAGACGCAAAAAGUAUGGCCUCAACCAGAUGAGGGAAGCGAAGGAAAGCCUGUGGCUAAAGUUCCUUGGCUAUUUUGUUGGCCCUAUACAGUUUGUUAUGGAGGCUGCUGCUAUCCUGGCUGCCGGUCUGCAGGACUGGGUCGACUUUGGCGUAAUAUGUGGAAUGCUCUUACUCAAUGCAUCGGUCGGCUUUGUCCAGGAGUUCCAAGCUGGAUCCAUUGUCGAAGAACUCAAAAAGACACUUGCUCUCAAGGCAGUAGUCCUCAGAGAAGGUCGGCUGGUUGAGAUCGAAGCGCCAAUGGUCGUGCCUGGAGAUAUUCUACAGCUCGAAGAAGGGACUAUCAUUCCAGCCGAUGGUCGCGUGGUCACAGAAGAUGCCUAUCUCCAAGUCGACCAAUCUUCCAUUACUGGAGAGUCACUUGCAGCUGACAAAGGCAUCGGUGACACCUGUUAUGCCUCCUCUGCCGUCAAAAGAGGCACCUGCUUCAUGAUCGUCACGGCCACGGGAGACAACUCUUUCGUCGGUCGAGCAGCCGCCCUGGUAAAUGAAGCAUCUGGUUCUACGGGACAUUUCACCGAAGUCCUCAAUGGCAUCGGUGCGGUCUUGCUCGCACUUGUUAUCUUCACAUUGCUUGUUGUCUGGAUUUCGUCCUUUUACCGUUCCAAUGACAUAGUCACCAUUCUCGAAUUUACCUUAUCCAUCACCAUCAUUGGAGUGCCCGUUGGUCUCCCUGCUGUUGUUACGACUACUAUGGCUGUCGGUGCCGCAUACCUUGCUAAGAAGAAGGCCAUUGUUCAGAAAUUGUCGGCUAUCGAAUCACUUGCCGGCGUGGAAAUACUCUGCUCUGAUAAAACGGGGACCCUCACCAAGAACAAGCUAUCAUUGCACGAGCCCUACACUGUGCAAGGGGUGGAUCCAGAAGAUCUGAUGCUCACUGCGUGUCUUGCUGCCUCGAGGAAAAAGAAGGGAAUGGACGCGAUUGACAAAGCCUUCUUCAAAGCCCUUCGAUACUACCCACGAGCGAAGGGAGCAUUGGGAAAGUAUAAAGUUGUACAAUUCUCUCCUUUCGACCCAGUCUCGAAGAAGGUUAGUGCUAUUGUUGAAUCGCCACAGGGAGAGCGUAUCACCUGUGUCAAGGGUGCGCCACUUUUUGUCUUACGGACUGUCGAAGAUGAUCAUCCCAUUCCCGAAGAAAUCGACAUUGCCUACAAGAACAAGGUGUCGGAGUUCGCAGCUAGAGGUUUUCGAUCUCUUGGUGUCGCUCGAAAGCGAGGCGAAGGCCAGUGGGAAAUCUUGGGAAUCAUGCCAUGUGCUGAUCCGCCACGAUAUGACACCGCCAAAACUAUCAACGAAGCGAAGAGGCUGGGCCUUUCUAUCAAGAUGCUUACCGGUGACGCAGUGGGCAUUGCUCGUGAGACCUCCCGACAACUCGGCCUCGGCUCCAAUGUCUUCAACGCCGAGCGCCUCGGUCUUGCUGGUGGUGGCACCAUGCCUGGGUCCGAAGUGUAUGACUUUGUUGAAGCUGCUGAUGGGUUUGCUGAGGUGUUCCCGCAGCAUAAAUAUAACGUCGUUGAGAUAUUGCAGCAACGUGGUUAUCUUGUGGCUAUGACUGGUGACGGCGUCAAUGAUGCGCCCUCACUGAAAAAGGCAGACACCGGCAUUGCAGUUGAAGGUGCUUCUGAUGCCGCUCGGUCAGCGGCCGACAUCGUUUUUCUGGCUCCGGGUCUUUCUGCGAUCAUUGACGUUCUGAAAACAUCUCGACAGAUUUUUCACCGCAUGUACGCAUAUAUCGUUUAUCGAAUUGCACUCUCGCUUCACCUGGAAAUCUUCUUCGGCCUCUGGAUCGCCAUUCAGAACCAGUCACUGAAUCUCAAGUUGGUCGUCUUUCUCGCAAUCUUCGCCGACAUUGCUACUUUGGCCAUUGCUUACGACAACGCACCGUACUCCAAGACUCCGGUCAAGUGGAAUUUACCCAAACUCUGGGGGAUGUCUAUACUGCUUGGAAUGGUAUUGGCCGCGGGCACAUGGAUUGCUUUGACCACGAUGCUAAUUUGGGGUGACGAUAAAGGCAUUGUGCAAAACAGUGGCCAUAAAGACGCGGUUCUCUUCCUGCAAAUCUCACUUUCCGAGAAUUGGUUGAUCUUUAUCACCAGAGCGAAUGGGCCCUUCUGGUCAAGUUUGCCCUCAUGGCAACUGACCGCAGCAAUUAUUCUUGUUGAUAUUCUCGCCACCUUAUUCUGUAUUUUCGGCUGGUUCGUUGAUGGAAAAGGGACCAAUAUCGUUGCCGUGGUCCGAAUCUGGUUGUAUUCGUUUGGGGUAUUUUGUGUCAUGGCUGGAUUGUAUUACCUGUUGCAGGACAGCGUCACAUUUGAUGAUAUUGUGCAUGGAAGGCGGUCGCGAACCAAGAAGGUGCUUAAGAAGCGGGACAUGGAGGAUUUCCUGGUGGCUUUGAACCGCGUGUCCACCCAGCACGAGAAGGUUGCUUGAGUGCGACCAUUCUGCUCACGGGUGUCCACACGAUGUCGACGUCUGCAGGCGAGUCUGUGACAUGGCCGCCUCCACCGUUGGACCCCGAAGACAUCAUCGCCUCAGCAACGUUUAGCAAGGCCAAACUCGUCCAACUACGGCCCCGACCACGGCGUGCCACCCCCAACACGCCUAGAGCCUCCCGCGAAGGUUUCCUUCCGAAGCUCAAAUUGAGCGAUUCUCCACUUGCAGAGUCUUCGAACAGAAAGGAUGCUUGACCUGGAAGAGCGUUGGCCAUGUUUUGUCCUACCUGCUGCACGAAUAUAGGUGGACUGGGAGGCUGGGUCCGGGACGAACACAGCACGAUUGGCCACAGGAUGGUCGAGCUCGAGUUGCUUCACUUUCCAUUACGACUUUAAUGAACAAGGAUACCCUUAUAGUAGAAUGAGCAUUGUACGUAAUUUUAACUUCUGUUUACAGUCUGGUGAAGGGUAGGAAUUUGCGACGUGUCGUCUUGC